ACCCCUUACGGCGGUACCGACAGGCAGCAAAACGCUGCGCACUCAGCGCUGAAGGCUGCCUUCUCCUAUUAAAGCACGAGGAGCUGCUCGGUCCCGCAGCACGCCGAGGACUGUUCCUGGCGGCGUCCCGCACGCCGUCCCCCCGCCCACACAGCGGCCCUGCAGCCCAUCAUCCGCUCGCAAUUAACGCGCGGCGCCGCAGCGCGGCUGUAGCUUUAAAGCGGGUGGAAGAGAGCGGUGCCAGGUCCGGCCCCGCCGCACAGCCCUCGUCCCUCGGCUCGCCAUGGGGUGCAGCACGAUCCUCGUCUUCCUCACCCUCCUCUCCUUCGCCUCUGCCCACCGCAAGCUGCUGCUCUUCCUCCUCGACGGUUUCCGCUUCGACUACAUCGACGACGCGGAGCUGGAGAGCCUGCCGGGCUUUCGGGACAUCAUCGGCAUGGGGGUGAAGGUGGACUACAUGACCCCCGACUUCCCCAGCCUCUCCUACCCCAACUACUACACGCUGAUGACGGGUCGCCACUGUGAGGUUCAUCAGAUGAUUGGAAACUACAUGUGGGACCCAAAGACGAACGUAUCGUUUGAUAUUGGUGUGAAUAAAGAAAGCCUCCUACCUCUCUGGUGGAAUGGAUCGGAGCCUUUGUGGGUCACAAUGACGAAAGAAAAAAAGAAUGUUUUCAUGUACUACUGGCCAGGUUGUGAGGUUGAAAUCCUUGGAGUCAGGCCAAGUUACUGCCGCGAAUACUUCAGUGUCCCAACAGACCAAAACUUUGCGGACGCUAUCAGCGAUGCUCUCGAGGCUCUGCGCAAUGGCAGCGCUGAAAUGGCAGCUGUGUACUACGAGCGUAUCGAUGUGGAAGGCCACCACUAUGGGCCCUGGUCUGAGCAGCGGAAGAGUGCUCUGAAGGAGCUGGACAAAGCCAUGAGCAACAUGAUCACACAGAUUAAGAACAAGGGCCUUCAGCAUGAUGUCAACGUCCUCCUCUUCUCUGAUCACGGGAUGACGGACAUCUCUUGGACAGACAAAGUGAUUGAGCUGAAAAACUACAUCAAUAUGAGUGAUACAAUACAAAUGAAGGACCGAGGUCCUGUUGUGAGCCUUUGGCCAGUUCCGGAGAAGCACACGGAGAUAUAUCAAAAAUUGAAAGCUGUGGAACACAUGAAUGUUUACAACAUACAGGAUAUUCCAGAGAGGUUUUUCUAUAAAAAAGGAAAAUUUGUGUCUCCUCUAACGCUUGUGGCUGAGGAGGGAUGGUUCAUAGUAGAGAGCAGGGACAAGCUGCCCUUCUGGGAGAACGGCACAGGGAAGAGGGAGGCCUGGCAGAACGGCUGGCAUGGCUACGACAACGAGCUGAUGGAGAUGAGGGGCAUCUUCCUCGCAUAUGGGCCAGAUUUCAGAUCCAACUACCGUGCGCCUCCCAUCAGAUCCGUGGAUGUUUACAACGUCAUGUGCAGCCUGGCAGGAGUGCAGCCACAGCCAAACAAUGGCUCCUGGUCCAGGGUGGAGUGCAUGCUGAAGAACACGGCUGUCCGCGUGCCACUCUGCACACGGAGCGGCUGUGUGCUGGCACUGACUCUGCUCUUGCUCUUCUGGCUGCUGUGAUCCCCAAACAAUGUCAGUCAGUGUUGCCAGCAACUUGAUUCUUUUUUUUUUUUUUUCCUUUUUCUUCUUCCUUUCACCCCCUCCUCCCCCUCCUCCACGAAAUUCUUCAUUUGAAUAAUAGCUUCCUUACUAGCGUGCUGUCCUCAUCCAUCUGCUGUGCUGCACCAGGCGUGAAUCUGGCCCGACCAGCUUUUACACCAGUUAUAAUGCAGAGCCAAGUCGUGUGCCGCUCUAAACACAGCCAGAAAAGCCAGUGUUGCUGCUCUGAAUUUACAGCACUGGUGACAGGAGGAGGAUUCGGGCCAGCUAUCAGCAACAUUUUCUGGUGGGCGCAUAUGGAGAGCCCUGGACAUCAGACAUAUCUCACCCAGCAAGUUUAACAGAGAGGCUGACCCUGGCUGCUGGUAGCGGGAAGCUCAGGCAUAGAGACAGACCUCGGUGCAUUUACCUGUGCUCUUUCUGGUUUGUUCUUUACCCCAGCAGACCUCCACCUUCUCCUCACAAUGCCAGCCAGGCCCAGCCUAAACAGACCAAAGAGCCAUGCUCUUUGCUGAGCAAUCUGAGUGCCAACAAAGGUGGAUCAGGAUGAGAGCAGUGAGAGCAUCCUACCUCUGUUAGCCUUUCCUCCUUCACUUUCCCUUAAAACGAGCCUUGGCACUGCAUGCCCACAGGGCAGGGAUUGGAUCAGGGAGUGCAGAUGGAGCAGAGGAUGGAGAGGGAGAAGAGCGAUGGAAAUCUUCCACAUCUAAAAGAGGAAGAACUUGUAAUGGCACCUGGACACAUAGCACUCAGGACAAAGUACAGUGAGGAAGCCUGCCAUUUAGCAGCCUCUCUGUUUUCCUUGGUGAAGAUGAUAUCCACCUGCUUAGUUGUUCUGUUGGUUGGUUUUUUUUUCUUUAACCCAACUGCGUUUCUGAAGGUUUUCAACACCUGCUUUUCUACCAGCUCCUGCUCCCUGCCAUUAAAGCUCUGUGGUGGGCUGCACACUCCCCUGGCGUUUUUCUUUAGAGGUGGUGUUCUGCAGCAGGGAGAGAGGUUUACACAUAUGCAUCUCUUUCCAUCUCUCCCUCCGUUAAUCCUAGCUCCCAUUCCUAUCUUGGAUUACCAAGCCCAAAGCAAGUUGUAACCGUCAAGUUACAUACAGCAGGAGAGCACGGAGCUGCUCUCAGAGGUAGUGCACCUGAAGGGCAAGUCAAACGGAUGAUAUAAUCCUGAAAACAUCAACACAACAGGUGCAGUAAAUCCCUUGAAAAAACAGUUUGCCCCUACUCUUUCACUCCAGUGCAGCCAUGGAUCUUCCCUGGGGCAGUGCUCAGCACAUGGCCAGCAGCAAAGCCAACAGCACAGCUCAGUGAGCUCAGAAGAUGAAAGCCACCGAAUUGUUACAUCGUCCACUUGUCACGGCCCUCACUGUUAAACACGGGAUGUAUACAUUCCAUGAUGGGUCAGCAGAGAGGUGGUCUUUUCGCAUCAUUAAGUUUCUGCUGUGAAAUUGGCCACUCUAGAACAGAGCCACCAGGGUCUGAUCCUGCCAAGUGUCCUUUCCUCCUUGGGAGGCCGUGGUCUUCUGCAACGCCCUCAGAGGGGCUCAGCGCUUCCCUGAAAUACCUCUGAACCAAGAGCUUUCAAUGAAAAACUGCCUGUGGAAGGAUUUAGAUCCCUCCUUGUGCAAAAUAAACCUCUAAGGCUUGUUAUUCACGUGGAUCCAGAGUCAAGCACCAUUCUGGUACAGUGAGUUUAAGGGUGAAUGAUUACACUAUGAAAAAAAAAAAAAAGCACAACAAAUUAAACUUGACAAAAGACUUCUGUAAUAGCUAUAAAGAUUUAUGUAAUGUGUUUUUUAAAGCUCAAGUGAACCAUCAAAUCAAUUGGGGAAAAAAAGGGGAGAAAAUCAGUCUUUGUUAUUAGACUGUUGAGUAUAAAAGGCAAUUUAGUGCUUUCUAAGCAUUUGCAGUAGCUGUAAAACAAGCAUCCAGUGUUCAGAGAUCCCUGUUGCUCUUUAAUGAAGCAGGCUCAAUGAAUUCACUGGAGCACAUUUUUAAAGCGAGAAAAUUAUCAGCAUACACAAGAGAACCAAAUGGCAAAGUUCUGCUGGAAAACCAAGAGGACACACACAGUGCAUGCGGAACCCUUCGGUCUGCAGCUUUGCUACAAAAAUAACCCGGUAUUCUCUUAUAGAAAAAAAAAACAUCCUGAAAGUAUAUGGCUAUAUUCUGAUAUGCCUCAACGUAUACUUGGUCUGUAACAGAGAUUGGACGGCAGGCCUACAAGGAGCUCGUUAGCUUCAGGAGCGCUGCAGCCGGUUGUGUUGGAGAAGUGGGUCUUCCUCUGAAGUUCAGUGCCUCUGAAUCAGCUGGCACUCUCACUCAGUGUCCUUAGCCUAUUUGUCUGUGCACUGUGCACCGGGGUGGGUGUAUUUCUGGGUGAUGUUUUUGUACGACAACUGAUUGUGAUCAAGUGAGCAAUGCUGGUAUAAAAAUACGCGUCUUUUUUUUUUUUUUUUUUGUAAAUACUGUAAGAUUUCUGAACAAAAGAAGCAACCUUAACAGCCUGCCUUUCUUGUUUGAUUGCCGCAUCAACGUGUGAUAAGCAGUGUUUGAAGCUUUUGCUGAUUAAUCAUCAGAAAGAUGAAUGAUAACGCUGUUUAGAAAUGGCAGAGUUGUCAGCAUUCGAAUGAGGGGCAUUAAAUACAUCUUGUGAGCUCCUGCA